UUCGGACGCCGAAAGCGUUGCACAUUAUUGGUCUGUUGUGCAAGGACAACACUGCACAUUUUCAACCACAAGUAUUUUUACUGGACUGCGUAGGACCCAAGACUGCUGGACAACUACUUCGAUUCAUUUUGUUUCUUUCCAUCUUUUGGAUCUAUUGCGCGCUGCAGAGCUUUAAAAAAAAAAAAAAAAAAAAUACCAAAAAAAUGCUCGUCGGGCGCAAAUCGUGUUGGAGGCAGUUGCAGGCUUCUUUUUUCAGACUGCUAUGUCUUCUUCCAACAGGAUUCCCCGUCCGGAGUGUGGAUAUGCAGCGGGCCACCGACAACAUCACGGUCCGUCAGGGCGACACAGCCAUUAUAAGGUGUUAUGUAGAUGACAAAGCCUCCAAGGUGGCCUGGCUCAAUCGAUCAAACAUUAUCUUUGCCGGUGAGGACAAGUGGUCUCUGGACCCCAGAGUCGAUCUGGUUACCAAAGGACAACUUGAGUACAGCCUACGCAUACAAAAGGUGGAUGUUUAUGAUGAAGGGUCGUACACCUGCUCCAUACAGACUAAGCAGCAGCCGAAGCCUUCAUUGGUCUACCUCAUUGUACAAGUUCCAGCAAACAUCUAUAAGAUGUCAGAAGACAUGAUGGUGAAUGAGGGCAGCAACGUGACACUCAGCUGCUUGGCCAGUGGCAGACCAGACCCGCUAAUUACCUGGCGGCUGCUCAACCCCUCAGCCGAGCCACUGGAUGGAGAGGAGUACCUGGACAUCAUUGGUAUAAUGCGAACUCAAGCAGGUCGCUAUGAAUGCAAGGCCAGCAAUGAUGUUGCUACGCCUGAUGUCAAAUAUGUCAAUGUGAUCGUCAACUACCCUCCAACAAUAAAAAAAACCCAGAGCUCAGAGGCCCAGCUUGGCCGCAUUGGGACCCUACUGUGUGAAGCUACCGCUGUGCCCACACCAGAAUUUGAAUGGUACAGGGAUGAAAAAAGGCUGUCCAAUGCGCAGGGCCUCAAUAUCCAAGUUCUUGGCACUAGUACAGUUCUCAUGAUUCCAAGUGUCACUGAAGAGGAUUAUGGGAAAUAUACCUGUGUGGCCUCAAACCGACUGGGUGUCCAAAAUUCCAGUCUCUUCCUCUACAGACCCGGAACAGGCCGAGAUAUCAACGGCUCAACUUGUGUAUCUCAAUCACUGUGGCUCCUGCUGGCCUGCAUCACCUGCCUUCUCUUCAAGUGUUAAUAGCUUUCCUCUCCUCUUCCUCCCACUUGGCCUUUGACCUUCCCAUUCACUUUCUCUCCAACUCACCGACAUCCUUAUUGCUACAACGACCUUACCACCACCAGACUGUUUGCAUCGUUCCAAACACCUUACAUGCUGUCAAGUAUUGCUCGCAAAUACUACGUCUGGUUAUGAGUACGACACUAUAGACGCGAGAGGGGGGAAAAAUAAGUAAAUAAAAAAUAACGAUAUGAAAGACAGAAUAAGCAAACGGUGCUUUUUUAAUGAUUUGUGUUGCUCUUUUUAAUACGUAAGCACUUCUUUGUUUCUGCUUUCUGCAGAUGCUUUAGAAUUUGUUGUACUUGUGUCUUCAUGGAAUUGAAUACAAAGGUAUCCCACUUAUGAGGAUGCCAACAAUCAUUUGUCUGUAGAAGAACUGAAGAGUCCCAGAGUUGCAUUAUGUCCAGUUAAACAAGACGAUUUUAUCACGUGGUUAUCCAGUGCAUUAAUGGGUCGGAAUAAUCUGCCAAAUUUUAAAUGAUAAGAUAGUAAAAGUAGGAUUUGUGUUGUUGUCUGGGCAUUAAGUUGACUCCAUUCAGAGUACAAAUUGAUCUGGUAAUAAAUACCAACAACCAUAUUUCGUGAAUUUGCAACCUUUUUUCCAGCUCCGUGUUUUUGCUCUAAGCCUAACACGAUCAUCCGAAACAGCCUAUUCUCAUGAGAAAUUAUUAGGAUGUCGGGUAAAAAGUCAAGCACAAGUAUAUUUUCUAGCAACAGGAAUGUCAUCUGACUCUUCCGAGAUGUUUUUAGUGAAAAAACCUGAAGGCAAAUCCAUACAUAUAUAUAUAUAUAUAUAUAUAUAAGAUAUCCAAGUGCAACUUUUUGAAAAUUAUUGUUAUCUUUUCCAUGUAAGCGCAAAAAAUGGUAGAGCGGGAAGACAGAAGACGUGCACGUGUUCAUAACCAAAAAUAAAAAUAGUGCUGGUCAAGAACAUGAGGCAGUGAAGAGUUAAUUUACUAUGCUAGCGGAGACACAUUACUUACAUCAAAUUGUAAAGCCACAUACAGUAUAUUGCAAACUCUACUUUUGGAAAAAACCCAGCAAGACAAGUACCAUAAUUUCUCGUGUAUAAUGUGCACCCAUGUAUAAUACGCACCCCCAAAGUUGACCUCAAAAUUCUGGAAAACCCUUCUACCUAUGUAUAAUGCAUUUUUACAAUGCAUGAUUUUGCGUCUACCUAUAUGAUCAAAACAUGAAGUAUUAUUUGUAUUUUGUUUGUUUUUUCAAAGAAUUAUUCUGAAGUUAAGUACUUUAUUUGAACAUGUAGUACUUUCUUUUUAUUUACUUGCUCUUAUUUUGAAAUUUACAGCCCUACUUUAUUUAAUAAAUAAGAUAACACACAGUUGUGCUCAUAUGUUUGGUUACCCAGACAGAAUUUGUAAGAUGAAGGGCCAGGCGAAACACAUUUAGUUUUAUUUUAAUGGGAUUCAAAUUAAACUGUCAAGCAUUUCAGAAAAGGAACAAAACUCCAGUACGUCGUUUUCAGUAGUUUCUGUGGGUCCAUGUCAAUAGAGAUUCUUUUGACAUAUGUACAUGAAGAGAAACGUUUUCUCUAGCUCUUUAUUUUGAAAAUGUAUACAUUGCCUGCAUGUCCAAAUCUGUGAAGUCCAUCUUUAACACACUCCCCUGCUAAUAACAUUUCAAAGCAGUGUUGAUAUUAGUUUAGUUAGUUGGGGGUCGUUCUUUUUCUUCAAGAUUUAUUUGUUCUUUAAAAUUAACUGUAUUUAGAAAAAUGGAAGGUUGGACAAGUAACAAUGAACGUGUAUAUCAAUUAUAGAUUGGAUUUUAUACGAAAUCCUCAAUGAUUCUCAUGAGAAAUGGCUGAACAAAAUGCACAGUAGGUCCUAAUUUAACUUAAUGUACAUAGUAACAUUUUGUAUUCCUCUGUGAUGAGGCAACCAGAGCUACUUGUUGCAUUGUGUCUGUUCGAUGAGCAUCCAACCUGGCCGUUGGCCUUCACUUCCAGGCAGCUUGAACCUGCACAUUUAGCUCCAUGCAGUAAACCACACCACCUGCUUUUAGCUCAUGACCUUUUUUUAUCUGCUGUUACUGAUCAAAAUGUAUGACCCAAUGAAUGACUCUCUUUGACGUUUAACGACUGUGUGAAAGUCUACAGAAAAUACUUUGUGCUACUGACAUUUUUUUCUCUCUGUACCUCAUUCAUUUUAGUAUCAUAUAUCAGGGGUUGGCAAGCUGUGUGACAUGGAGUGACAUUUUCUCCUCAAUGGAUGUGCCAUUAUCAACUUUAACGCAGUUAAAUUAUAACACAAAAUAAAUACAAAAAGAUUUGCAACAUACCUGAACACAACACGUUCAAUAGACUCAACUGCUUGGUAUUCGGAAAAUCUUCUCGUGCUUCGUCUCAAAAUCCAGCUUAACAUGACGUUCGGCACGCAAGAUUCUCACAACAUAAAGUGCACACAGCAUGGUCUUUUAAAACUAUAAAACCAAACUCUUGUGUCCAUAAAGACUGGAAUGCCCUGGGUUUUGCCUUUUUAGCAGCCGUUGCUGCUGAUUAUGGGCAGGAGCUGUCACUCAAGGCCAAUAAAUGAGGCCACACACAAAGCGACAUCGUCACAACACCCAUCGUGGCACGAGUGCCAAAGGUUGCUGACCCCUGAGAGAGAGAAAGAUAUAUAUAUAUAUAUAUAUACCCCGCCUCUCCCCCGAAGAUAGCUGGGAUAGGCUCCAGCCCGCCCGCGACCCUAUUGAAGAUAAGCGGAAUAUAUUCAUUCAAAUGAAUACUAGGGUCACCGGGGAGAGGCGGGGUAUACCCUGAACUGGUUGCCACCCAAUCCUCGCUACAAAACAUAUAAAAACCCUUUCAAAAGGUUUGUAUUUACAGUGGUAAACGAACAGCUGUCAUGGUUGCUGUUUUGUUUCUUAUCUAUUCUUACCGAAUCUUGUGUUCAGCUCAGGUCCCUUGCAUGCUGUUUGGCCACUGCUCUGACAACUCAAAGUAAAGUACUGUAAAACAUUUGUGCAUUUACAAUGAUUGGAUACUGGAGUGUUUAUAGCUGUCUGCUCCAGUUUUCAUUUCAAGCUAUAGGAGCUAGUUCAAUUCAAAAACACUUAAAUGAUCAUUCACACCUGUAGCGGUAAGUGAAAAAAUAUCAACAUAACACAUUUUCAACGAGUUCAUGAUGUCGCACAAUUUUUAUUUUUGACCACGGAAAUAACUCUGCAUUAGCUUAACAACUGUCAUGUUGGGUAACUGAAAUCCUAAUGUUAAAUUGUGACGUUUCACUUUCCGAAAUUGUACUUAAUUUACAAUGCUUACAACAGUUAUGUCCUCGUGUUACAUCCUGCUAGGUUCAUCUGCAUCACUUAGUGUGAGGAAAGCUGACUUUUGUCAGUAACUGAAUAAGAAAUUACAAAACUGAAUAAGUCAUCUUGUAUGAAGAAACCACAUCGAGAACCAAAGAAGAAGAUGAAUUUCCAUUGAGCAAUUUUUGCAUUAAACAAAAUCAAAAACAACCGGGUGUAACUUCCUGAAGGAUCCUUUCACAGGUCGCCUCGCAGUCUAACUAACACCCAAAGUGCCAUUACUAGCAUAUUAAAAAGAUUCCACACCAACCACUAACUUAACGACCACAUGCACAAUCACACAUACACACAAAUGUACCACAAAUUGUGGCUAUACAAUAUAAUAAUACUCCAUUUUUUUUAUUGAUGUGGUGAGGUAGGUACAAUAUUAAAUGAACUGUAUAUUUAUUAUUGUGCUUGUAGUUUGCAGUGGUGCAGAAUGACACUGCAUCAUACUGAGAGUUGUUUAUAAUAUUGAAUUGUUCUAAUUGGUUACCUCAUUUAUCUAUGUGAUUCCAUUUUUAAAAAUAUGACACGUCUCAGUAUGAUGUAGUAUAUUUUCACAACACGAUAGACCAAACCACAAUAAUAAACAUAUUCAGUUAAUGCCUCUCUUACACUGUCAAUCAAAACUGAGCAUGACUAUUUUUGUAAAGGCAGAAUAUUUGAUACAGCUCUUGUUGGAUCUCAUUAGAAGUGGUAAUAAUGUUGUGGCUUUUUAGUGUAUUUCCAUUGUGUAGUUCACAAAAAUGAUGUGCUAAUAUGAUGUAUGCUUUCAUCACUAUGCGCUCUUUGAGUAAAUACACUGUUGUUUUUAUUUUUGUGCCACAGAAACCAAUAAACAGCCAAUAGGUUAAUUCCCAAAUCACCAAGGUAUUAAGAUGAUGAUGUUAUCUGAGACAAACGCCACAUUGUUUAAUUAAAAAAAUAAAAUAAAAUCCACACUUCAUUCGAUCCAUCCAUUGUCUACCGCGUAUCCUGAUCAGGGCAGCGUGCCAGUCAGUCACAGGGUACACACAGUGGAGACAAACAAAACAUUCACACCUAAUGUAUGUGAAAUUUGGAGUCUUCAGUUAACCUACCAUGCAUGUUUAUGGACAGAUGCCACUCAAAACAGGAAACGUGUGAUGUAUAAUCAAUUCAUUCAUCUUUUUUGUCUCUUCAAACACAUCGAUACCUUGCCAGUGUUUUACAAAUCACAACUGCUGAACUCGACACGAGGCAUGUGGCAAGCAAAGGUGAAAGUGCGACUAACCUUUCUAAUUCUUUCUUUCUCUCCUCUGUGUGUAUAUACAGUGUGAUGUUUCUACAGUAGAAUGUUGUAAAAUCAGCAAAGCCUAUAAGUGCAAGAACUCUCUCUGAAAAUAUACCUAUGACAUUUGUACUUAAGAUUCAAUCAAGCAUUAAGGAACAGCAAUGUCCCACAUUUGUCUAUUUUACUUAACUUUAUUAUGGCAUAAGAUGAUUGCAGUUUCUUAAAAAAAAAAAAAAAAAAAAAGCUAUGUAACAAAGAUACAUGAGAAUAUGUUCAUAAAAGAGAAUAAAAGUUGUUUGCAAUCAGUGUUAUGUAUUUAAAUGUGACUAGCUAUGUUGUGCAACCUUUGAAGGAGACACAGAAUCUUAAAUGAAACUGUUGUGUUUAUUACCAUGUAACAUGCUAAUAAAAGAAUAUACUGUAUGUAUUGGUACAUUCU